AUAAUUUUAACAAUUCCGAAAUCUUGGAUUUGAAAUAGUUAUGAACAGUCAGCAUUUUUUUUAUCUAUAAUUUAUCUGAGUAUUAUGACGAAUGAAGGCUGUGAAAAUAUAAUUAAAAAAACAGGAUGGGGACUUUGCCAUUACGUUCUUAUUGGGUUAUGUGCAUUAGCUACUCUAGCAGAAGCAGUAGCAACUCUAACAGUCUUGAUCGUAACACCUUUAUUGGCAUGUGAUUUAAAAUUCAAUAAAAAUGAUAUCAUGGCCUUGAAUGCAACUUCAUCACUAGGAAUGGCUAUCGGUAGUUUUAUCUUCGGAAUCCUCUCAGACUAUAUUGGACGAAAAAAUUUAAUUCCAACAACAAUGGUGAUAAUAUUUUGCGCUUCAAUUGGGCUUUCUUUUUCGCAAACUUAUUUUUUUAUAAGCUCAGCUAUAUUCAUACUAGGAAUAGGAGCCGCUGGAAAUAAUAUAAUAGUACGAGUUUAUUUAAUUGAAUGCCUUCCGGCUAAAAAAAGAGGUUCAUACUUAGCAUUGAUUGAUCUUAUUUGGAUAACCGGUUGUGUUUCAACGCUUGGUUUAUCCUGGUCUUUAGUUCCAUCAAUAAUACGUAUGCUUGAAAAUGAGUUUCGUCCUAGUUCUUGGCGAGUUCUUGCAGGUUUAGGAGGUGCACCAAGUCUUAUAAUGGCUUGUGCUACAAGUCUUCUUCCACCUAGCCUUCGAUAUCUUCUCUAUCGCCGACAACUUCAACAAGCUUUAGUUGUUCUCCAGCAAAUGUUUGCCAUCAACAAUUCUCAACAUGCAAACAACUUUCCAUUAUGCAACUUAAACAACUGUGUAAGAGGAGAUAACGAUGACCCCACGAUUAAUCACUAUUUGGAUUUAGUUAGAGAAUUUUUUCUGAAAAUAUGGAGACGAAUAAUUAUUAUUUGUUCACCAUUUUUUAUAAACAAUACUUUGCUAUUUAUUUUAAGCAAAUUAUUACUAUUCCCAAGUUUUAUCUGGCUAUUAAUUUGGAAAAUUCAUUCAACACAUCAAUUAAUUUCCAACCAAGAGUUAUUAUCAAAUCAAACUUGUACCACACAUGUUGGAGAUAUGGUCUCAAAUUUUUUACAUAAUUGCCAUGAAGUUAGAAAUUCUAGUUUUAAACAUUCCUUGAUUUUUUUGUCAAGUUUUAUAUUAGGAGAACUUUUUCUUAUAUUUGGAAUAGACAUAAUUGGCAGAAGAAUAUCUAUAUUAACUUCUGGUAUUGUUGGAGGAAGCGCAAUCAUUUGUCUUAUUUUUACCACCCGAUAUGAUGUUGAAAUGGCACUCUCUAUUUUGUUCCUCGCCUUUUAUUCAGUUAUUUACACAUCUAUAAAUAUUUCUAUUUUGGAAAAUUAUCCAACUUCUGUUAGAGGAUCAAUAAUGGGAUUGACAACAGUUCUUCCCCAUGUAACAUCAUUCUUCAUAAAAAUGUUUUCACAAAUCACCUGUUUAAAAAGUACUUAUGCUGUUGCCAGUCUUUUAAUAAGCGCAACCAUUGCUACGAUGCCAAUACCAGAUUUAACUAACUCACCGAUGCAGGAAUAAAGAGUAAAGACCUUAGAUAAUUAUCCAUAUAAAUUAUAUUGUUCAAAAUUAUUCAUGAUAUAAACUUAACUUAUUUUAAACUUCCUAAUAAUUUUCAACAUUUAAACUUCUUGAUACAAUUCAAAGGUAUCUAAACUAUUUCUGAUUAAUCAACAAAUCGUUCAACAAAAAUUCGAAUAAUGUUUUAUAUAACAUAGUAAAAAUUCAAACAUUAAGGAUAUAAAUAAAUAUUAUACAAACAUGUAACAUUUAAUGACACUCAUAGCAGGUUCUUGUUGACUUUUAAUACCUCAACGAUAAUGAAAAACUCGCAGAGUAGAGAGGAAGAAGAGGAAGAGAA